GCGGCGGGCAGCGGCGCCGAGCGGAGCCAGCGCGCGGAGCGGCGGGCCGCAGCGGGGUCUCCUGCGGGUCGCGAAUGCGUGAGCCCUGGCGCGUGCAGCCCGAGCCCUGCCGGGGAGGAAGACGGCCCGUGGGGCUCCCCUGGACGCGAGGGCGGUGCGGAGCCGGGGGUGCAGACAGCUGAUAUAAAAACUGAAGUCUAGGAAGUGAGGAAAUUGCCUCUCCAAUGUCCUUCUCCUUUUUUGUGUGAAAGAAUCACUCUUACCAACAAGAGAGAAGAAAUGAUGUAAAUCAUUCACUAUCCAAACUUCAAGGUCAGAGGCCAGAAGAAGUCGGGAACACCAUGGCCUGGCCAAGUGUUUUCCAGAGAGGAACUGUGCUCUCCCGGUUCAGCCAUCACCAUGUGGUUGUAUUCCUGCUCACCUUCUUCAGUUAUUCAUUGCUCCAUGCUUCAAGAAAAACUUUUAGUAAUGUCAAAGUCAGUAUCUCCAAGCAGUGGACCCCAAAUGCUUUCAACACAACAGUUGAACUGCCAGUAGAGAUCUGGAGCAGCAACCAUUUGUUUCCCAAUACAGAGGAGGCCACUCUUUUCCUUGGAACAUUGGAUACAAUUUUCCUCUUCUCCUAUGCUGUGGGUCUUUUCAUCAGUGGCAUCGUUGGGGAUCGGCUGAAUUUACGUUGGGUUCUCUCUUUUGGCAUGUGCUCUUCUGCAUUAGUGGUGUUUGUCUUUGGCACUGUCACAGAAUGGCUGCGCUUCUACAACAGAUGGCUCUACUGUUGCCUGUGGAUUGUGAAUGGCUUGCUGCAGUCUACUGGCUGGCCCUGUGUGGUGGCUGUGAUGGGCAACUGGUUUGGGAAGGCUGGGCGAGGAGUUGUCUUUGGUCUCUGGAGUGCCUGCGCUUCUGUGGGCAAUAUUUUGGGAGCGUGUCUCGCUUCAUCUGUUCUGCAGUAUGGUUAUGAGGACGCCUUCCUGGUGACAGCGUCUGUGCAGUUUGCUGGUGGGAUCGUGAUCUUCUUUGGACUCCUGGUGUCACCAGAAGAAAUUGGUCUCCCAGGUAUUGAGGCAGAAGAAAACUUUGAAGAAGAUUCUCACAGACCGUUAAUUAAUGGUACUGAAAACGAAGAUGAAUAUGAGCCUAAUUACUCUAUCCAAGAGGACAGUACUGUUACCCAAGUGAAGGCAAUAAGCUUCUACCAGGCUUGCUGUCUUCCCGGUGUCAUACCGUAUUCGCUGGCCUAUGCCUGUCUGAAGCUAGUGAAUUACUCCUUCUUCUUCUGGUUGCCCUUUUACCUGAGUAACAACUUCAGAUGGAAGGAGGCUGAAGCUGACCAGCUGUCCAUUUGGUACGAUGUUGGAGGAAUCAUAGGUGGAACUUUGCAAGGCUUCAUCUCUGACAUCCUGCAGAAGAGAGCACCAGUGUUGGCUCUUAGCCUGCUCCUUGCAAUUGGCUCCCUCGUGGGGUACAGUCGUUCUCCAAAUGACAAGUCCAUCAAUGCUCUUCUGAUGACGGUUACAGGGUUUUUUAUUGGUGGACCUUCUAAUAUGAUUAGCUCGGCUAUUUCAGCGGACCUGGGUCGCCAGGAGUUGAUCCAAGGGAGCAGUGAGGCUUUGGCUACUGUCACAGGAAUUGUCGAUGGGACCGGGAGCAUUGGAGCUGCUGUGGGCCAGUAUUUGGUGUCUUUGAUCCAGGAUAACCUCGGAUGGAUGUGGGUUUUCUACUUUUUCAUUCUCAUGACUAGUUGUACAAUUCUGUUUAUCUCACCAUUAAUAGUGAGGGAGAUAUCCUCUCUUGUGCAAAGGAGACAAGCUCACAUAUUGAGUGAGUGACUGGUGCCCACAAGAAAAAAGAACAAUGGGAGACACAUGAGAUGAUUAGAUCUUUUAAUUCACCCCAUUUGUGAGUUGUCUAAGCACCAACAUAACCUCGGCUCACCAGGCCUCUUUCAGCACUGCCAGCCACCCUGGACAUUGGCCAGGAGUGAAGACUGCAUUAUUUUUCUACACUACAGGAAUUAUUAUUGACGAUUUUUAUUGUUUCAUGAAUGUACUGGCUGGCAGGUGGAUCUGCCAGCAACCUUGUUUGGCCUUUUGGGGUUUAUGCCUUUAACCCUAGGUCAUAUUGGCCUUGGACCCUCGUACUGCAGCCUCAAGAGUUGAAUGAACAGGAGACAGCCACAUGUGAUUGGUAUGGAUGUUGAAUAAAAAGAAUCAUUGCAUUUUGCUUUGGUAAUGAAUUUGCAGAGACUUGCCCACCUCUGAAGCAUCAAACCUGAAGAAAGCUCCUGCUGGGUUCAGCUGCAAGCCUGUCUUGGACAAAGAACACCUUUACCUGCUGAGCUGGAAAAGGUUGCACUAUGUGCUUGUUGGCUUGGGCACUGACUCAGUGUCAUUUGCUAAAGAAGCGGACUGUCUUCCAAUUAUUGUUAAUUUGUUCUCCUCCAUCUUCACUCACAAUUAGCUUUGACAACUGGAGGCCUUUGUGAUUUCGAGGACCAUAAGGCACAUUAGUUAUCCUGAACAUUCCAUUGUGUAGCUCUCAAUCCCAGAUUUGCUGGCUGGGAACUUCAGGGUCCUCUGGGAAGCGAAUCUGCUCAGCCCUAUUUUUGGAGGAUUGAUCUCUGUCACUACCAGGUUCUUGGAGUUACCUCAGCAGAAGACAGAAUUAGAGGAAAGUUCCAUAAGUGUUCCAGAAGUGUGAAGUGUGUGAUGUUGACUCAUGUUAAUGGGUUUCUAGGUCUAAGGGGUGUCUUCUUUAGAAGAAUGUAGUGUAUGUAUUCAAGGCUGUGAAUUCUAUAUUAAUCAGUAUUUUAAGGUCACUAUAUAUAUUUUAAAUUAUGUAAACAAACUAAGGAAAAUGUGCAAUUUUGAGGGAUACCUAAUUUGCAUUGGGUUAGCAAAUAUUUUUCAAUCUCUUGCUUUAUACUUCAAAAUGUGUGAUGAACUAGUUAAUGUUAUUUAAUCAUGCAGAUUUUUGAUCAUAUUGCUUGUUUACUGACAUAAAAGGAAAAUACAAAACACAGGAGGGAGAAAUAAACCAACUUUUAUAGUAAAUGUCCAUCCAUUUAGUUAUUUAAGUCUUUCUCUGUCUCUCCCUCUUCCGUUCUCUCUCUCCUUUUCUUGUAGAACUCAGGGCCUUGUGCAUGGUAAACGGGCACUGUACCUCUGAGCUACACCCCCAGCCCAGCUCUGUGCUUCAGAUUAUGAUUGAUACCUUAAGUUUCCUGGUGCUGAGUGGCACUGGUGUACAGGUGCUGAUCCCCUAGCCUUGCCAGGUCAUGGCUGCCCCCCACUUGCUGGUGGGCCUUGUUCCCCUCAGGCUCUGUGCAGGGUUGCCCUCUCGCUCUCUGGAAGACGUCUCAGUUUGGAUGAGUUGCCUAGUUGUAAUUUAGGGACUGUCCAGAUGAAGCUGUUACUGUUAUUGACCCUUUUACUAACAUUCAGCUCUGAGAGUUUCCUUCCUCCCAGCUUCUCAGCAGCAGGGUUGUAUUCUUGUGUCUGGAUACCAGCCAGGGUUUCCUUACCCACUUUAACUUUAGGUGGGUGAGGGUGGCCCCCUGAGCUGUAACUGAAACGAAAUUAUAAAUUAAAUGCUGAGCUCUGCAAGAAAUGAUGUAUUACUGUAUGGAUGUAUUUCCUUGUUCUAGUUCUGCCAAUCUGUGUAAGAAUUAACUUUAAAUGCCUCAGUGGUGGUGCUGGAUAUGUAGCUCAGUUGGUAGAAUGCUUACUUACUAAGCACAAGGCCCUGGGUUCAAUCCCCAGCACCACAAAAAAAGAAAUGCCUUAGAGUUAACUUCAUUCUCUUAUUAAUUUUUUUCCUUUCAAGGAAAGGCCGUAGUGAAAGCUCAUUUGAAAAUGCCUUCUCUCUCAGUUAAAAAUCAAUAAUUGGAAAAAAUGUAAAGAACAGUAGGAAACUUUACACAGUAAGAUAAAGGACUAUUGGAUGUGGAAAAAAAAUUACCGUUCAAGUUUCUUGUGUUCUGGAAGUAAAAAUGAUAAUUUAGAAAAAAAUUUUUUUUUUUCCCCAGUGCUGGGGAUUGAACUUGGGACACUGUACCACUGAGCUAUACCUACUCCCUAGUCCUUUAAGAAAAAAAAU